UGGAGAGGGACUUUCCUGAACCACUUCAGCCGCUGGAUACACGAUCAACUUGACAGUUUGCAUCAUCAAACGAGCUUGAGGUCGCUGGGUAGCAACCAUUAGGAGUUGUUGCUUGGCUUCUUUUCCUCUGAUUUCGUAGCUAACGCCUCGUUUCUGGUUUUUGGGUGUGAGCUGGUUUCACUACAAAACCUGCAGUCAUGCCGGUUAGAAAACAAGAUGCCCAUCGAGCCCUGGAGCUCCUGGAAGACUACCACACUCGACUUACUAAGCCCCAGGAUAAGCAGCUUAAGAUGGCCAUCGAACGUGUCAUCCGUAUCUUCAAAAGUCGACUCUUCCAGGCCCUUUUAGAUAUCCAGGAGUUUUAUGAGUGCACACUUUUAGAUGACAGUAAAUCUACACAACAGAAAACUCUGGAGACACUUCGAAUAGCCAGCAAAUGGGAACAGGAACCACCCAUCACCAACACACAACCAAAGAUAGACAAAACACCAGCUUCUACAGAUGAUGAACUUCCACCCCCUCCUCCAGAGUUGAGUGAAAACAAGAUAGAGUCCCGCACAGAAAAGUCACCGGCAGCCAUGGCGCCCCCUACCAAGGCCGCUGUGCCAUCUAUAGACGAUGAUGACUUGCCGCCUCCACCGCCACAAGGGGGAUCAGAGACAGGUGAUUCGGACUAUAUGAACGGUGGCGGGGACUGGGAAUAUGAAGAGAUUCCACUGGAGAGGGGGAACACUGGUCUUGGGUUCAGUAUUGCGGGCGGUAGUGACAAUCCUCACAUCGGAGAGGACCCGGCAAUAUUCAUCACAAAGAUCAUCCAAGGUGGCGCUGCUGCUGCUGAUGGCAGACUCAAAAUGAACGAUAUCAUCGUCAAGGUGAAUGAGACAGAUGUAUCUAAUGCUACACAUUCCGAGGCGGUUGACGCACUGAAGCAAGCGGGAACACGGGUGGUUUUGUAUGUUAAAAGACUUCGGGCACCAUUGGAGAACGUGUUAGAGAUAGAAUUGGUGAAGGGAAACAAAGGGUUAGGUUUUAGUAUUGCUGGAGGUAUCGGCAAUCAACAUAUACCAGGAGAUAAUGGAAUCUUUGUCACCAAAAUCAUCGAGGGAGGGGCAGCUGAACAGGACGGCCGGUUGGCUGUAGGAGACAGACUCAUUGCUGUGAACGAUGACAACUUAGAAAAUGUGAGUCACGAAGAAGCUGUUGCAGCUUUGAAAGCCACACAAGAAGUUGUACGAUUAACAAUAGCUAAACCUACAUACGUACCACCAGACAGUGUUCAUCAGGACCCGUCCCCACCAGUGAACAGAAAGAUUGAGAGUGUGGCUAGUGUGCCAUCGUCCACCCCUGAUAGACCUAGCCCAUCUCCAAGCACUCCUCCCAAACUCAACAAUUAUGAAAACGAUGACUUCUCAAGAUUUGUGGACAGUGCUCCACCCCCGAUACCACAGCAACCACCUCCCCCGAUAGUCAACUCUGAGACCACACCCCCGUUACCGCGACAAUCACCUCCCCAGACUUUGCGUCAGUCGCCUAAAAUCCCACGAGCUGGGGUUAAAGUGGAGCCUAGAAAAGUCAUCUUAAAGAAAGGUUCCACGGGUCUAGGUUUUAACAUUGUUGGCGGCGAGGAUGGAGAAGGUAUUUUCGUGUCCUUCAUUUUGGCUGGUGGUCCGGCGGAUCUUGGAGGAGAACUACGCAGAGGGGAUCAAAUUUUAUCAGUAAAUAACCAUGAUUUGAGAUUAGCGACGCAUGAAGAGGCGGCAGCAACACUAAAGGGUGCCGGAGAUACUGUAGAAAUUGUAGCCCUUUAUAAACCAGAUGAAUAUAACCGAUUCGAAGCCAAGAUACAGGAUUUACGGGAACAAAUGAUGAACACAAGCACAGGAAGCUUACGUACUACACAGAAACGCACUCUUUAUGUGAGAGCUUUGUUUGACUACGACCCAUCCAAAGACAGUGGUCUUCCCAGUAAGGGGCUGCCAUUCCGUUACGGAGAUAUUCUACACGUGACAAAUGCUAGCGAUGAUGAGUGGUGGCAGGCGAAACGCGUGACGCCGGACGGAGAGGAGGAAGGCAUGGGGAUUAUCCCCAGUAAGAAACGUGUGGAUCGGAAGGAAAGGGCACGGCUAAAAAAUGUGAAAUUUACAGGAAAAACAAGUGAAAAGUCAAAUGGUAGCUUACAGGCAGCUGCUAAUGAAAAGAAAAAGAAAAAUUUCUCGUUCACAAAAAAAUUCCCAUUCAUGAAGAGUAAAGACCAAAGUGGUAGUGAAGAAGUCAGUGCUGAUGAACGUACAGCUGAGAGUGAAGCUAGUUUCCGAGGCGAUGAACCAAUUCUCUCCUACGAAGCUGUCAUACAACAAGAAUUGAAGUACACACGACCAGUGAUUGUGCUAGGUCCUCUUAAGGAUAGAAUCAAUGACGAUCUCAUCUCAGAAUUCCCAGACAAAUUUGGAAGCUGUGUCCCCCACACAACAAGAUCCAAGCGAGAUUAUGAAGUUGAUGGACGAGAUUAUCAUUUUGUGGAGUCUCGGGAACAGAUGGAGCGUGACAUUCAGAACCACCUAUUUAUAGAAGCAGGACAAUAUAACGAUAACCUGUAUGGCACAAGUGUUGCCUCCGUAAAGGAGAUUGCGGAAAAGGGAAAGCAUUGUAUAUUGGAUGUGAGUGGGAAUGCUAUAAAGCGAUUACAAGUAGCAGGACUCUAUCCAGUGGCUGUCCUAAUCAAACCUAAAUCAGCCACAUCUAUCAUGGAAAUGAACAAAAGGAUCACAGAAGAACAAGCUAGAUUGACCUACGAACGAACUAUGAAACUGGAGCAAGAGUUUGGGGAAUAUUUUACAGCGGUUGUACAGGGUGACUCAGCAAACGAAAUCUAUGCAAAGGUGAAAGAAGUGAUCCGAGACCAGUCUGGUCCCACUAUCUGGGUUCCUGCCAAGGAGAAGUUAUGAGCCAUUUGUCGUAAAGUGGACACAGGCACACAGCAAACCCAUUCAGGAGCUUUCUUGUUAGCCAUUGGAUAGCAAUUGUCAUGUGAUCCAAAAGUUAGCCAAUCGUUGAUGAGCAGACCAUUUUCAAGGCAGAUGGUUUGUGGAGUUUGAAGUAUAUAUGACACACCAUUGUGUUUUAUAUUGGGCACAACAUUUGGUGGGCGAAACUGUUCCGUUUUAACCUGUAACCAUGGAAACAUAGACUGUUGACUACGGUAACUGUAGACUGUUACCAUGGUAACAGCAAUGGCAGAGGACAGAUGGAAAGGACUUAUUUUAUCAUUAAUAUAUAAUUACAUUGUAUAAAUGUGGAUCAUCGUCACAUCCAUGUUAACCUUACUUUUGUCUGGAGGCUGGGCGGAUCUGAUAGAUGUUAAUGAGUGGGGAUGUGAGGACGCUGUGUGCGGAUUACAUGUUGUGAAUGUCGUCAGUGAAUUGGAGAAACCUUUUGUCUUUCUUUUGUUGUUGGGGAGGCUGUGGUUUGUACAUAAAUAUCACAUGCUGGUAUAGAUCCUGGCUUAUUAAACCUUUCAUUAUAAAUCCUUACACCAAAACUUGAAACUAGAUGUGUGGAUUGAGAGCCACAAUACUAUAUUAUUAGACUCCGGAAAGCAGAGCUCAGGAAAUGAGCUUAGGUUAUCGUGGCACCAAAAAUCAAUCAUGGAUAUCUGUCAUAUCACUGACAUGUUGUAAUAUGUAUCUCUAGUAGAAUAUUUUACUGAAUUGCCAUAAUUUUACAUAGAUAUUGGUAUGACUUACAACAGAAUAAUUAAAUAGAUCAACCCAGUGUUAUACUUUAGAACUGGAUUUCUAUUCUCCCAAGUACCGGAAUGAAUGAAUAUGUCUUGAGAUCAAUGCUAUCUCCUCUGGGCGUUUUAAUACAAGUAUAAUUAAACGGUAAUAUAUUUUUAAAAUAUAAACUUUUUUUAAACUAAUUAUAGAGGAUGUUUUGAGCCAGUACUAACUAGAGUUAUUCUAUUCUAGCAGGAACACGUAUACAACUAUAUUCGAAAGUUAAAGUGGGCAUUUUGGUGAAAUUUUUGCAUCUACUAGAUCUGAGAAUCAUUAAACACCAGAUGAAAGCGUUUUGUGUAGAUGGCACUACUACAUUGUAAAAUUUCAUCAAUACUGAAUAAUAAAUCUGGUAAAUAUCAAGACAUUUUAUUAAAGUGAUUACAACCGUAGAAUUGCAUAUGAAAAUUUCCCGAGCAGGCCACUUUCCACUUUAAUUACUCACCAUUGUAACCUAGGUCACUGUAUGUAAGUAUAUAGAUUAUGAUUAUCAAUUUAUUCUGGAAGAUUUUAACUGAAAGAAAAAUGUAACCUCUUAUCCAAAGUUUUUCAAUUAAUACGAUAAUAAUGCAUUCUGAAGUCUUUCAAGGCUACAGAAAGAUGUAGGGAGGAUUUCUUGUUUUGUAAUUUCGACAAAGGCAAUCUCAGGAAAAAACGGAUAUAAAUUUGAACUUCUGAUGUCUAUAUUUGAAUAUUUAAAAUUUGCAUGGAGGUAUUAUAAGCUCUUGCCUCAGAGGAACUUUAAUGCUAUCAUGUGUUCAACCAUUCAUCAAGACAUAGUAUAUAAGAAAUUAUCUUUGUGUGAUAUCUCCAUGAAAGUGACAUGUCACGAUGGGGAUGUGUCAAAUUCAAGAGACUCUCCUGCAUUUUUAUGUGAGAGUCUAAAUCUCUGUAUCUAUAACAUGUUUGCAAUACCAUCUGCCAUCUGUGCAAAGUGUACAUUUAGUAAAUAUAAGCCCUUUCCAAUAUGGAGGGUGAUUAAUUGGUAUCUUCUGCAUCAGAACACCAGAAAAGAAAUCCAGAAUAUCCUGUGAAAAUGGUUUAUGAAAAGUAUGCAUCAAUAUUUAUUUUUCAUGACGUGUUGAACAGUCUUCCAGGCACUUUCCUUCUGGUCCGGACAAUAUUUUUCAGAUCGAAAAUAAUUCAGUUUGUGUCUAAUGAAAAUGCCAUAUAAAAAUAGUCUUAUAUUGAUUUUAGAAUUCUAUCUAGAUGUCAUCAAAUUGGAUUUAAGAUAAAUAAGGUGUACAUUGUGCCAUACGAUUUCAUCAUUGUGAAUUUGUGAAAUUUGUGAAACUUCCGACAAAUAGUUACACAUUUGGGACCCCACAUUGUGAGUAUGGGUUGUAUAAGUGUGGAAUUUUAAAAUGAAUAUUCAUAAUUAAAUUGCAUAAUGAAAUCAUGUGACAUCAAUAUUUGUGGUAGGAAUUUAUGAAUGUAACUAGAAAGAGGUUAAUUAAGGGUAGAUAACUCUGCCAUGUAAUUAAGGUUGUUAUUGUAAACUGAACAUUAUUAAUUUUCCGUCAAUAUAUAUAUAUGUUGUUCAUUACUAUAUAUAUAAAACUGCUGACAAGUGUUGUCAAUAUCAGGAAACGUCAAUAGCUCAAUCUCUCUCGAAGGCACCCUAUCAUAGAGAUAGAUUUCUUUAAAACCAAAUACCUACUUGUUUUUUUGUCAUUGAGGUAAUGAAUGUUCCUAAGUCCAAUGACAGCCUAGAGAAACCAUGGUAUCACCGUUUUAGUAAGAUUCUUACCAAUAUGUGUGUUCUGUUUUGAGUGAGGUUAUAUCUGUAGUGUAGACACAUUCCAAGUCCUUAUGUAGACUGUUGUAAAAUACAAGUUAGACUUUUUAAAUUUAAGAGAGAGCAUUUUAAUUGAAAUAAUUUUCUAUUUAACAAAGUAUGUUCAAUCAAGGUAUUCACUUGCCACAUCUGUUUCAUACAAAAAGUGCAAUUUACAUCCAUAUGAUGUUGUGUAAAUGUCAAACUUCGUAUAAAUAUAUAUAUAUAACGACGUGUACAUUGAGUUAUCUCCCCUUGUCCCAUUCACAAGAUUUAUCUCCCCCUGUCCCUGUUGCACAGCACGGUCAUUGGCUCACUGUGCUUCUUAUUGUAGUUAAAUCUGGCUGUACAUUUCUUUAACAGAUCUAACAGGUCUUUCAAGGUGUAAAAUAUUCCUUUUUUAAGAAAAUAUUAUUGUAGAUAUUUUUUCUUCUAUUAUAUUUUAAAAACAAUGAGUCUUUUAGAGAAAAACUAGACUUUGCUAUUUGAGAAAUGACAGGAAUUCUUUUCUUGUUUAAAUGUUUUUGAUGGACGAUUAUUUAAAUCAAGGUUAUCAAAUGAAAAAAUUUGACAUGUUUUAGGAUGAAUUAUUAAUAUUCAGCAGUGCUGUUGAAUUUUUCUACACAACCUCUAGUGAUCAGCUAAGUAGCUGGUUCUCUACUGAGUCGAUGCUUCAAUCAGAUCAGCGGAAAGGGUCUGAAAUUCAUAUUAGUUUGGUGCAGCAAUCUGUUUAUUUUUCCACUUGACUUUGUCGAGAGGCAAUAUGAAAUCCUGUCACUUUCAUAUUAUCUUACAUUUUGUAUUCUCCACUCUGUUCCAGUUGUGUUUUAAACUUUCAUUGCAUGCUAAUUGCUAGAUGUCUAUUACCAGUGGCAAAGUUGAUAAACAGUUUAACUGCAGUUGUUGUUAUUAUCAUCAUUUUUAUACACAAAACCUUCACUUCCAGGUGAGUUAUCCAUUGUAUCAACUUUGAAUUCAUUAAAUAAUGACAUCUGUGUAAAUGUUCAACAUAAAGGGAGUUAAUCAUUCGGGUUAUCUCCCCUUGUACCAGUGGCGACCAGUAGCUAGGACAAGUACUUCUAUAUAUAGAAAUAGCACACCAAGAAAGGUACUAGCUCAAUACGAGGCCAAGAUGGAUUUAUAGGUGAAUAGGAAAAUUAAAUAAAUUGACAACUAUAAACUUUAA